CAUCAUCAGUCGCUCGCACGCAUCAGUCAGACGACAUUUCCGCCAGUGUCUCCUCAGAAGAUCGACAAAAUGUUCAAGUUUUUCCUGUUGGCCGCCUUGUUACCAGCUGUGAUGCUGCAGAAUGCCGACAACAUUGACUUUUCCACAUGGGAUACGGUAGCGGUUCGUCCCUGUGCGGGAGUUCGUCCACUUCCCGCUAUCGUACGCAUCGAAAACUGUCCUGAGAUGCCUUGCCGCAUGGUCCGGGGAUCCAAUGUGAACAUGGCUAUGGAUUUCACUGCCCUCCAAGAUGCUUCCGUCCUCCGUACGGAAGCGAUGGCCACCGCCCUGGGAAUUACUGGUCCUUACGAGCUGCCAGCGGCUAUAUCUGCCGCCUGCAAUUGGCUCGUACAGGCACGUUGUCCACUGUCGGCCGGUGAAGAUAUUACCUAUCAUCUGAGCAUGCCGAUUACGGCCAUCUAUCCUCUGGUGAGCGUAACGAUCGAAAUUGAUCUGGUUGAUGAAACUACCCAAUCUCAGGGAUGCUUCGUCAUUGAUACCGUAGUGGUAGCUAGCUAAAGUUGAAGUUAGCUGGUGAGUGCUGACCGAUGGAACAAAUGUGUAUUUAUUUAUUUCUUUGGUGAAUAUCAAAAAGUCGAAAAAGUUUUCUAGAAGACUUAUUUUCGAUUGCAGUGAUUUUGCAAAAUAAAACUAAGACAUCUGAUUUCUAA